CGGCGGGCGGGGCGGAGGUUCUCGACGACGCUGGCAGCGCCUGGCAGCGCCUGGCAGCCCAGCCCGAGCAGAACAUGAUUGUGCGCCGGCCGUGUUUGAGUAGAGAGCAGGCCGAGCAGGCAGACAGCUAAUAUAGACGUGGCCGGACAGCGUGUCACUUCGGUCAACCAGUCGGCGACGCGUCCGUGAAGUGUGUUGUGAACAUGCAGUGCUAGUGACGACUUUUCGCGCUCCGCCAUGGCUUUGGAGACGGAACGGUGCUCCCCGAGCAACGCGGCCUCCGCGUCGAGCCCCAGCCCGACGAGCCAGCACCACCAGCGCCCGGCCCUGCCCGACUCGCCCGCCCAGCAGCCGCAGCGGUCGCCCUGCACGUCGCCAUGCACCUCGGCGCCGUCCUCGCCCGUCGUGGUCCCCAAGACUGAGAUCCUGGACAAUGGUGAGCACUCGCCCAGCCCGUCGCCACCCAGGGCGUCCUUCUCCAUCAUGCACAAGGAGCGCUCCAUCGCGCACCCGCGCGCCCUGCCCGCCGUGCCCGCCCCCGCCAUGUACUUCCAGGACGCCCUGGACUACAGGCUGCUCCGCCACCCCAUGCACCGCCCCUUUAUGGACCUCAGCCCCGGCGCGCCGCCGCCCGGCGCCCUGGGCCACCUGGGCCUGCACCCGCUGCAGCAGCUGCAGUACGUGCACCCGGAGCUGUACCACCCUCUCCGGGACCCUCUCCGGGACCCUCUCCGGGACCCUCUCCGGGACCCUCUUCGGGACCCUCUUCGGGACCCUCUCCGGGACCCGCUGGCGCCGCUGCAGCACCACCACCUCCACUCCAGCAACGCCCCGGUGGACCUGCUGCGGCCGCACCUGCAGGGCAUGCCGGGCUUCCAGCAGGAGGCGCCGCUCCCCUUCUCCGUGGACAACAUCCUGCGGCCCGAGUUCGGGCGGACGGCAGUGAAGCGCCGCCUGGAGGCGCCGUCGCCGUCCUCGGGGGUGCUGACGCCGUCCAGCCUGGCCAACGGACUGGCCAGCGGACUGCCCGCCAGGCCAGCCGCCCCCAAGCCCGCCAAGAAGCCCCGCACCGCGCCGCUGCCGCUGCCGCCCCCGGCCAUCACCUCCCCGACGACCACCGCCGCCCCCGCCGUCAGCCCCGCCAAGAGCAUCGCCUCCGACGUGACCUCCACCAGCGGUGAUGACGCCUCCAAGGACGGCGAGGACAAGAACAACAUGUGGCCAGCCUGGGUGUACUGCACGCGCUACUCCGACCGGCCGUCCUCAGGUCCCAGGUCGCGCAGGAUGAAGCGAACCAAGGAGGCGUCCAAGGCCUCCGAGGAGAAGAGGCCCAGGACGGCGUUCAGCGGCGAGCAGUUGGCGCGGCUGCGGCACGAGUUCGCCGAGAACCGGUACCUGACGGAGAAGCGCCGCACCGAGCUGGCCCGGGAGCUGGGGCUCAACGAGGCCCAGAUCAAGAUCUGGUUCCAGAACAAGCGGGCCAAGAUCAAGAAGGCGUCCGGCAACAAGAACCCCCUGGCGCUGCAGCUCAUGGCGCAGGGGCUGUACAACCACUCCACCGUGCCCAUCGACGAGGAGGAGGAGGAGGCCCAGAACGCCAUGAUCCUGGCCGCCCAGCAGCGGCAGCAGCAGGCCGCCAUGUGAGGCUUUUUCGAGCGGUGUGAUAUACUUCUUAUGAGUUCCUCGGCUGCCACACGAGUGUGUUCAGUGCCUCGCCUCCGCGAGCGGACUAUACAAGGGCACAAUGUCCCCCCAUAGCUCGCGAAAGUGACGUUUUUCAAGAGCAGCCACACGCACGUGCCCGUGCCCAGGGCACUCAUAGUUUCAAGGCUGAUAUUUUUUUGUUUGUCGGUUAGAGCAUAUUUGCUGUAAGUUUAAAUGGAGUAAUAUAUUAUAGUUUAUUAGACGUAUGUGCGCAGAUUUUUAAUGCUGAUAUGUACUUCUGUAGCAUUUGUGUGAUCAGUUCCGCACGGAACGCAUCUGUAUUCUGGCAGGUGAGGUGGGCAGGCGAAAAUGUGUGAAGCUUGCCGGUGUUUUACCAAAGAUGAAUGUUAUUUAGUAUUUAUAGACAGUACAGACACGUUGUGGCUUUAAUACUGUAAGAUCCUUUUAAUUGACGUGCCAAACUUAAUUUAUUACUGACUGCUGAGGAUUACUUUUCGUGAUUGUGUGAUAUCAAUUUAAUUAUAUAUAAAUAUAAACAGUGGAUGGAAAGUAAAUAACCUUGAAUUAUCGAUGUAUAUUUCUCCUUCAACAGAACAAGUGCGGUUAGUUUGAGCCCUGUACGGAAUAUUACAAAUUUUAGUAAGCAAAACCAAAUGUACAGUGUACAAAAUGUGACAUGAAGAGACGGUUAAAUUUUUUAGAAAACAAGCAUUAAAUUGUACAUUUUUAAUCGUUUCUCAAAGACAUAAUUAGACAUCGGAUUGUACAAAGUCCAGUGAUAUCAAUAAACAUAUUCAUUACAUGUUACGUUAAA